GCGAGGUAAGUGAAUUCAAUAAUUAUACCCUUUAGAGCCGCUUGAUGUCGCUGUCCACAAAGAAGUUCUGUCCAGCCAAGAUCCAGCCUUCCUCUAGGAAUCCUGUAUCCGUCUCUAAAUGCAGAACAAUGGCGGAGGCAGCGGAAUUGUAUUGAAGACGUCAGGAAACGCACCAGUACGCCUUUGUAUCAAACAAGCUCUUUGAUAGCAAUAAAGCGAGUACUUGACAUGGUGUUUCCUUGGCGAGGAGACCCGGAAGCCCGGUGUCUGCUGCUCUCGCUUCUGUUCCUGGCAGCCUGGGAGACUGGGAGCGACCAAGUUCACUACUCGGUGGCGGAGGAGGCCAAGCACGGCACCUUCGUGGGCCGCAUCGCGCAGGACCUGGGGCUGGAGCUGGCGGAGCUGGUGCCGCGCCUGUUCCGGGUGGCGUCCAAAGGCCGCGGGGACCUUCUGGAGGUAAAUCUGCAGAAUGGCAUUUUGUUUGUGAAUUCUCGGAUCGACCGCGAGGAGCUGUGCGGGCGGAGGGCGGAGUGCAGCAUCCAACUGGAGGUGGUGGUGGAGAGGCCGCUGCAGGUUUUCCAUGUGGAGGUGGAGGUGAAGGACAUUAAUGACAACCCGCCGGUGUUCCCGGUAAAGGAGCAAAAGCUGCAUGUUUCAGAAUCCAGAUUGCCAGAUUCUCGGUUUCCGCUAGAGGGCGCUUGGGAUGCAGAUAUGGGAGCGAACUCCAUUUUAACCUAUAGGCUUAGCUACAGUGAUUACUUCACGCUAGAUGUGAAUUCAAAAAAUGAGGAGAAUAAGCAACUUGACCUCGUGUUAAGGAAAUCUGUGGACCGAGAGGAAACUCCGACACACAACUUAUUACUGACGGCCACCGACGGAGGCAAACCUGAGCUCACCGGCAGCGUUCAGGUGCUGGUCACUGUGAUGGACGUGAAUGACAAUGCUCCCCGUUUCCCACAGUCUGAAUAUGAAGUGAGAAUAUUCGAAAACUCAGACAACGGAACAAUAGUUAUCAGACUGAAUGCUUCUGAUCCCGACGAAGGAAUUAAUCGGGAGAUUUCUUACUCUUUUUUUAAUAGCGUUCCAUCCAUGGUUAUUGAUCAGUUUAGCAUAGAAUCUAAUAGUGGAGAAAUAAAAAUUCGAAAGAAUUUGGAUUUUGAACAAGUGAGUUUCUAUAAAAUCCGCAUUGACGCCAGGGACAGAGGCCAGCCACCGAUGGCCGGUCAUUGUACAGUUUUGGUAAAAGUCUUAGAUAUUAAUGAUAACGUCCCUCAGAUUUCCUUGACUUCAAUAUCCCUUCCAGUCCCAGAAGAUGCGCCACUGGGUACCGUCAUUGCCUUAAUCAGUGUGUCCGACUUGGACUCCGGUGUCAACGGGCAUGUAACCUGCACCUUGUCAUCCCAUGCCCCCUUCAGGCUGGUGUCCACCUUCAAGAAUUACUAUUCGCUGGUGCUGGACAGCGCUCUGGACCGUGAGAGCGUGUCGGACUACGCUGUAGUAGUGACAGCGCGGGACGGGGGCUCGCCUUCGCUGUCGACCACAGCCAGCCUGUCCGUGGAGGUGGCCGACGUGAACGACAACGCGCCGGUGUUCGCGCAGCCCGAGUACACGGUGUUCGUGAAGGAGAACAACCCGCCCGGCUGCCACAUCUUCACGGUGUCGGCGCGGGACUUGGACGCGCAGGAGAACGCGCUGGUGUCCUACUCGCUGGUGGAGCGGCGGGUGGGCGAGCGCGCGCUGUCGAGCUACGUGUCGGUGCACGCGGAGAGCGGCCAGGUGUACGCGCUGCAGCCUCUGGACCACGAGGAGCUGGAGCUGCUGCAGUUCCAGGUGAGCGCGCGCGACGCGGGCGUGCCUCCUCUGGGCAGCAACGUGACGCUGCAGGUGUUCGUGCUGGACGAGAACGACAAUGCGCCUGCGCUGCUGCCUCUGCCUCCGCGAGAUCAGCACGACUCGCGCCCUGGACGAGGUGGACUCUCCGCGCCAGCGCCUGCUGGUGCUGGUGAAGGACCACGGGGAGCCGGCGCUGGCGGUCACGGCCACUGUGCUGCUGUCGCUGGUGGACAGCGGUCAGGUGCCCAAGGCCUCAUCGCGAUUGUCUUCUGGCUCUACGAACGCGGAGGCGGCGCUAGUGGACGUGAACGUGUAUCUGAUCAUCGCCAUCUGCGCGGUGUCCAGCCUGUUGGUGCUCUCGCUGCUGCUGUACACGGCUCUGCGGUGCUGGGCGCUGCCCACCCAAGGUGUGUGCGGGCCGGGGAAGCCGGUGCUGGUGUGCUCCAGCGCGGUGGGCAGCUGGUCGUACUCACAACAGAGGCGGCAGAGGGUGUGCUCUGGGGAGGGGCCGCCCAAGACGGACCUCAUGGCCUUCAGCCCUAG